AUGUCUAAGGUGGGAAUCGCUCAGUUGCAGAAGCGCCUUGAUGGCUUGCUGGCUUUCCUUAAUCCCCACUGGGAUUUUGUCAAUUGUCACAUGGUAAACUACUUGACGGACCAGCACUGGGAAGUGUUUUUGCCCGGGGCUCUAAGAAAAGAGAUCUCUGGAAAGGAAGAUGCGGAACUGGCUAUAGAAGAGUUAUUUUGGCAAUCUAAUGAAUCAGGUCAUAGAUUUCAGCAAUGGAGAGUAUUUCUGGAGAUUGGCAAGCAAGAACGCCUGGCGCUUCACCCGGAAUUGUUAACCAGCGUGGAGGAUCUUAUUGAGGCUCAGGAGAACGCCGCCCAACUAAGCAUCCGGGAGUUUAUGAGCGCGAAAAAGUGUCAUGAGGUAGAGCUAACAGCCGCUUUAGUAGACCAUAUUGUGAAGAACUCCAGUCAAGAUUGCUACAUUGUGGAUGCCGGCGAUGGCAAAGGCUAUCUUUCCUCCCGCCUGGCGCUCCAAUAUGGCCAUAAGGUGCUCGGCAUCGAUGCCAAUGCGGCAAACACGGAAAAUGCCCUAAGCCGCAAUCGCAAACUGCAGCGUGCUUGGAAUGGACUUACCGAACGAGCUGAGCUGCAGAGCAAAGGAAUCAUCCCGAAGAGAAGAGGCAAAAAAUCCCCCACAAGGGACCCCCAAAAGAGUGCACCUGCCUUGGACAACUACAAAACCACGUCCAGAUUUAUAACCACCGAACUCAAUUUUGGCGCCUUACUUGAGUAUAAUUUUGGUCAACUUUUACAGAAUGAUAGUCUUAACAUCUGUCUGACGGGUUUGCAUACCUGCGGCAACUUGGCUGCCACCUGCCUGCAGGUUUUCCAUGCCCAAAACGACUGCCGUUUGCUGUGUAACAUUGGGUGCUGCUAUCAUUUGCUGAGGGAACGCUACUCCCAGCAGGAAUUCUUCGGGAACAAGGCCCUGAUGGACAUGCAAACGGACUACGGAUUUCCACUUAGUCAGUAUCUUCAGGACCGACAAGUGCAUAUGGGUCGCAAUGCCAGAAUGUUAGCUGCCCAGUCCAUCGAACGAACCUUAGAUGCCAAGGAGCUUCCCAAUGUAACGCUUUAUUAUCGAGCUCUUUUGGAGGUCCUCGUUUGCCGACAUACCCCGCAGUUGAAGAACGAGUUGCAGGUGGGCAAGGUGCGAAAGUUCGACAGCUUCGAGGAAUACAUUCAAAAGUGUGCUACAAAACUCGAGGCCCCUUGGUUAGCAUCUGUAAGGGAUGAAGAACUUCAUUCCUUGCUGCAGGAAUACGCAACGGAAAAACAUUAUUUGGAUCUGUUUUACCUGCUACGCAUGUCCUUUGCUCCCAUUCUGGAGAGUUUGAUACUUCUCGAUCGACUCCUCUACCUCAAGGAACUUGGCUAUGAACGCAGCUACCUGAUAGAUUUGUUUGAUCCAGUCAUUUCGCCCAGGCAUUUCGCAAUCGUUUCAAUAAAGCCGCCGCCGUAACGAUCUUAACAUUGUAUAAUUCAUCAUAAGUUUGACAGGGAAACCGGGUUCUGCGUAAUCGUUGAUGAAUGAUAGGCAUGCAAUACUUAUGAUAUAGUAUAUCUUAAUCCGCAGAAGUAAAACUGGAAAAUAAAAACACAAAUUUGAAAUUCAAAAUCUGAAAACAAAAUCAUAAUAAUAAUGUUCAUUUUACAUUUUGAAGUUAAUUUUAAUUAAUUUUUGUAAUUUUUGAUGUUGGUUUCUUGGGUAAUGCUCUUUAAUAGAGUGUAUUACCCUAAAAUUGAUAACAUUAAAAAAUGAACGCAAUGAUGACUUGCUAGUCAGGUUUCUUCUGCUUUAGUUAACGCUUUUUACGAUUUGUUUUUCUUUUUCUUAAUUUUAAGCUCGUUUUUCACCACUUGGUGAAUAGAUGUAGGCUUUUGAAUCGUUAUCUCAAUUUUUUCGAGUUGUAUAAAAACGCGAGCGCAAUUUCAAAUGGCUUCGAGUGUGGUGCGAAAUGCUUUAAUUGUCGGUUGCCGGCCGAAGCUCAGAUUAAACGAACAUCAAAACGUUUCCUUGAACUUGCUGGAAAAACUAGUUGCCGAUCGAGGCAAUCAAAUCAGAUGGCGUUGACUGAAGCCCUCUACCUGGUGGUCGCCGUCCUGGUGGCGUUCCAGCGGAACCACAGCUAUUGGCAGCGCAAUACCUACCAUCCACACCGAUUAUAGGAAACACCAAGGUGGUCUUUAAGAUGGAGAACUCAUUUGGCCUGUAUCUUUCGGAGACCCGCGGGUGAAGGACGAGGCAGUCGUGGGGAUCUAUUUUCUUAACAAACCUGGAUUGAUUAUUGCAAUAUAGACCUUGUGAGGAGUUGUAAAUCCCCAUCGAGAUGAAAUCCUACCAAAUUUCCCAAUUUUAAAUGGUAUAAUAAUUUGUUUUCUCAUAGAUUGGCACCGUCUUGGAAGGAGCUCUGAAAUGACAUGGAGAGAAGAGUUCCGGCAAGUACGUCACCGAGGUCAAGGAGACUUGAGCUCUAUUCUCAAGGGACUGCAUGGCCACCAUUGCCUUUGGGAUCCUGCAAAAUCUGAAUGCCGAGUUCCGUAACCAUGGACAACAGUUCAUAAAAUUCAUACCAAGGGGUUUGUUCUGCAGGCCGACGGUGGCAUCCACUUGGAAAUCGUCAACGAUCGUCUUUACGACGAGAGCGCCGCCCCAAACCAUUGAAUUUACUUAUAAAUGGUUUAUGGGAGGUGUUUUUAAGGACUAUUUUCCUUAACGUUUGGAUCUUACGUUAUAAAACUGAAAUUAUUAUAAUUAUUAGCUGAGAAUGUAAUCGCUUUCUGACAGCUAAAGUUGUAAUACACAUUAUACAAUAAUCCGUGUCAGAAGCGGCGCCUUUUCUACCGAAUAAAAACAAAAUGAUUAUCAAAUUAGAUUUAAUCGGUGAACCGGGCGACCUAUAAAAUUGCGCCACCAAUAAAUAAAACUUAAUCUACUUUUCA